AAAAGCUGUUCUGACUUUUUUUUUCUUUCCCACUUAGUUUUUCCAUGGUUUGGCUUGGAUAUUGGUGGAACCCUAGUCAAGCUGGUUUAUUUUGAACCCAAAGAUAUCACUGCUGAAGAAGAAGAGGAAGAAGUGGAAAGUCUUAAAAGCAUUCGGAAGUACCUGACCUCCAAUGUGGCUUAUGGGUCCACGGGUAUUCGGGAUGUGCACCUGGAGCUGAAGGACCUGACUCUGUGUGGACGCAAAGGCAAUCUGCACUUUAUACGCUUUCCCACUCAUGACAUGCCUGCUUUUAUUCAAAUGGGCAGAGAUAAAAACUUCUCAAGUCUCCACACUGUCUUUUGUGCCACUGGAGGUGGAGCGUACAAAUUUGAGCAGGAUUUUCUCACAAUAGGUGAGCUUCAGCUUUGCAAACUUGAUGAACUAGAUUGCUUAAUAAAAGGAAUUUUAUACAUUGAUUCAGUUGGAUUCAAUGGACGGUCACAGUGCUAUUACUUUGAAAACCCUGCUGAUUCUGAAAAAUGUCAGAAGUUACCGUUUGAUUUGAAAAAUCCAUACCCUCUGCUUCUGGUGAACAUUGGCUCUGGGGUUAGCAUCUUAGCAGUAUAUUCCAAAGAUAAUUACAAGCGCGUCACUGGUACCAGUCUUGGAGGAGGAACUUUUUUUGGUCUCUGCUGUCUGCUUACUGGCUGUACCACUUUUGAAGAAGCUCUUGAAAUGGCAUCUCGUGGAGAUAGCACCAAAGUGGAUAAACUAGUCCGGGACAUUUAUGGAGGGGACUAUGAGAGGUUUGGACUGCCAGGCUGGGCUGUGGCUUCAAGCUUUGGAAACAUGAUGAGCAAGGAGAAGCGAGAGGCUGUCAGUAAAGAGGACCUCGCCAGAGCAACUUUGAUCACCAUCACCAACAACAUUGGCUCGAUAGCAAGAAUGUGUGCCCUUAAUGAAAAUAUUAACCAGGUGGUAUUUGUUGGAAAUUUCUUGAGAAUUAAUACGAUCGCCAUGCGGCUUUUGGCAUAUGCUUUGGAUUAUUGGUCCAAGGGACAGUUGAAAGCACUUUUUUCGGAACACGAGGGUUAUUUUGGAGCCGUUGGAGCACUCCUUGAGCUGUUGAAGAUCCCCUGAUCAUUACCUGGGGAGGGGGUUCCUGGAACCUUCCACAAUGGGAUCUGUGAACUUUUGUUUUUUUAAGAGACUUACUUAAUUUUAUGAUUGUGUAUUACCUGAAUCAAAGCAAGAAAGGACAAGUGGAUUUUUCUAAGUCAUCAAGACAAACCCUUAAAAAUUCAGCCUAAACUAGUACCCAGUAAGGAAUGACAUAUAUGUAUAUGUGUAUAUAUAUAAAGUGGACCAUGUCCAUGGCAGUGAGGAUUGGCUAUAAUACCUGCUAUAUAUUUUUGAAACUCAGUGUCACUCACUGGAGCCACUUCAGGGGAGAGCUAUUCUGUGUUCAGCAUACUGUGUUUUGGGAUCCUGUUGAACUUGCUAAAUGUAAGGAAAGCUACUAUGUGUUAUAUAAUCUGAUCACAGUUUUGACAGUAUGGCCUUGGAGAUCAUCUCCUGUGCAUUAACUCCGGUGAGCAUUUAGCCUUUGUGUGAACAUAUUGAAAAAUGUUUUAUUUCAAGGUUCUGCAAACUUAAUUGGGCAGGUUAGUUCAAUACCUGUAACUUGGACAAUUCAGCAACUUUUAGAAGGACAAUUGCAGGUUACUUUAUACCAUAAAUCCUAGGAAGUUCUCUUUGGAAAGAUAAGAUUUCCUCCGUGAACAGAAUUACCUUGAGUAUUGGGCUGAUGGAAGUAAGCUACUACAAAAGACAUAAUCUGGAAAACUAAAACCAGACAAAAGGGACUGCUUUUUUUUCUUCCCCAGGGAACUGGGGAGAGAAUCUGGUUACACUUUUAGGCAAGUAGAAACCAAGGAAUUGAGGUGUCCAUUAACUUAUGGGGAGCAGGGUGAGGUUCUUCCCACCUUUCUCACCCACUCCUGGUCUUGGCACUUAGCAGCCCCAGGCGCAGCCCUGAUUUCUCUGGUAGGCUGGCUCAAAAGGCAGCUUGAGAGACAGGUUUUGAGCUGAGUAUUAAUAUAGAUUGACUUUGGACCUUUUCUUUCUGCUGUGCAGAAUAAUUUUUAAAAACCUUUCCCUUAGAGAUUGAACUAUG